AUGGUGGAAAACCACGGACGAACCAACAGCUAUUGGCAGUUAGGACAGGGCCAUGUUGAAGACCUGUCAGUGCCCAGGCUCGCUGAUGGAGCCCUACAGAUGGGGACGGUGCGCCAACUCAGUGGAGGUGGUGGGCAUUCGGCUGUGGUCUCUGAGAAAGGAGAUCUGCUGGUGUGUGGCCAGAACCACAGAGGUCAGCUGGGACUGGGUCACUGUUUAGAGGUCACCACCUUUCAACUCUGUCCUCUCAUUGGUCAAAGGGUUGCACACGUGUCCUGUGGUUGGGAUUUCACACUCGUCCUCACUGAUCAUGGCCAGGUACUGACGUGUGGAUCUAAUGCAUACGGCCAGUUGGGUGUCUCAGAGCCAAUCCCUCAUUCUGUGGUGCUGCUGCCCAUUCAGUCUGUAAGGGAGCCAGUGAUCAGAGUGGCAGCAGGACUCAGACAUUCACUAUCUGUCACUGCUACAGGUAGUGUUUACCAGUGGGGUAUGGGUCUCUCUGGCCAGGCUAAGAGAGCUCUGAGUCCACAGCCUGUCCCAGAACACUUCACCUCCAACGUACCUUGUCUGGUCCCAGGUCUGGAACAGGUGAUUUCGCACAGUGUUGCUGCAGGCUCCGCCCACUCUGUGAGCCUUACUGCUGAGGGAGAUGUGUUCCUGUGGGGCAGUAAUAAGCACGGCCAGCUGACCAGUAGCAGUACAGACUCCUUCCUACCCAGACCUGUCCUCCUAGACCGCUCACCACUGGGUGGAGAGAAGGUUACCCACGUUCACAGUGGCUGGACACACCUGGUGGCCCAAACAGAGAGCGGCCGUGUCUUCACUUGGGGCAGAGGCAAUUAUGGACAGCUGGGGAGGACAGAACUGACCAAUCAGAGUACAGAUCAGCAGUCAAGUAGUGCAUUGAGAGGAGCUGCCAGCCAAUGGACACGUGUCCCUGCAGAAGUCAAGAUCCUCUGUGGAGCCUCACAGAUUGCCUGUGGAUCUGAACAUAACCUUGCCAUAGUAGGGGGUCGCCUGCUCUCUUGGGGGUGGAACGAACAUGGGAUGUGUGGGGACGGUUCCGAGACAGAUGUCAGCGAACCACAGCCCAUUCCUGCCCUCCGGCCUCUUGUGAUUGGCUGUGGCGCUGGCCACUCUAUGGCACUGUGUGCUGUGAGGACAGGUGAAGAGGAGUCUACAGAGGACAUGGAGAUAGAACAAGCUACACUAUAGUUUGAAACGAGCAUGUUUUAUCUAACUUAUCAGGACUGUACCUGGGUUAGAUCGCGGACCGCUUGUGCCGCUGAUUUGAAGCUCAAUGUCUAUCGUUUUAUCUCUAUGGCAGAGGACACCCGGCUCACUGUGUGGCGUGAGAGUAACAUGAUAGGGUAUGAAUCAUGAUCACCCAGUCUGUGGGGAAGGAGCCUCAGGGGAGGAUCUGGGAGGAGGACAUUCUGAAGGUUGUAAAGUAUGUGGGUGUGUCUGUCUGAGCAAAAUAGCCAAACCCCGUUAUGAUUGCUUUGUUGUUGGCCAAAGUAAGGCACGUGUAAGUUCAGUAAUGACCGGUACAUUCUAACUGCCUUCGUAAUUGAAUUGAAAUUUCAAUGCACAUCCUCAAUUGACUGGAAUUAAAAAUUGGAAUUGACCCUAAAACCUACAGUCCAUGUAAUCGUAUUCUUGUAGUCAUUUUAAAAGACGAAACCGAUCCUAGAUCAGCACACACUUGAUACAUACGGCCCCAGGUCUGUAUUCAAAUUGUGAGACGGCAAAAUAAAUAUUGUUUCUGGCGUUAGAGACGGGUGAGUUAUGUUUGAUCAGGGACAGAGGCUGUCAUUUCUCGAGCCCAGUCCAGAUAGGAUUGAGGGUCAGGGAGAUGGAUACACAAGUCUGUUAGUCUAUAUACAUGAUGCCUAUGUCCCAAGACGUAAAGUACAGUCAAAAGUUUGGGCGCACCUACUACUCAUUCAAGGGUUUUAGAACACCUACUCAUUCAAUGGUUUUAGAACACCUACUCAUUCAAGGGUUUUAGAACACCUACUCAUUCAAGGGUUUUAGAACACCUACUCAUUCAAGGGUUUUAGAACACCUACUCAUUCAAGGGUUUAGAACACCUACUCAUUCAAGGGUUUUAGAACACCUACUCAUUCAAGGGUUUUAGAGCACCUACUCAUUCAAGGGUUUUAGAGCACCUACUCAUUCAAGGGUUUUAGAACACCUACUCAUUCCAGGGUUUUAGAACACCUACUCAUUCAAGGGUUUUAGAACACCUACUCAUUCAAGGGUUUUAGAACACCUACUCAUUCAAGGGUUUUAGAACACCCACUCAUUCAAG